AUGUCCGCCAUCGGCUCCCUCAUCUUCUGCAACGACUGCGGAAACCUGCUCGACGAGUCGUCCGGCGAUCCCACCAAGAUCGUGGUCUGUAGCGUCUGCGGAACUCGCAACAAAGAUAUCCUCCCCAAAACCAUCGUCUCCGAGUCCAAACCCAGCGCAUUCCCGUCCGCCCUGCGCGCGAAAAGAUCUGCGGUCCAGACUCUGACGGCCGAGGACAAGAGAACGGAGGCGCUGACGCAGCAUACCUGCGCCAAGUGUGGCCGCAAGGAGAUGUACUUCACGACGGUGCAAUUGCGAAGUGCAGACGAAGGAAGUACGGUCUUCCUGCGCUGCGUCUGCGGUUACAAGGAGACCCAGAACAACUAA